UGCAGCACUACACACCUCAACCUGAACGCUCCUAAGUAGGCUGGCACGGAUUAAUCUGCUUUUUUAAUUUUUUUAUUUUCAUAUAGACCUAUUAUUUCUUCCUUGUAAAAACAGUAAAAUGCGAACAGAGACGCGUUUAAGUUUAGAAAACACUCGGAUGAAUCCUGCAACUCUGACCUAGAGCUCAGACUUCGAGCAAGACAAGGACGAUGGACAUUUUUGAAACCACAUCUGUGCACCUACAGUCUGGAAGUUAGCCUGAAAGAGAAAGGGGAAACCUGCGGAACUUGUUUUUUUUUAAAAAAGAAGAACAAAGAAAGUCUCCCUUUCCAGAAUCAUGCAGAGCAACAGCAGCGCCUCCGGACCCCUGACCGCUCUGAGCGUCUGCGGAGGAGAAGAAAAUGAACGCGAAAUCUUCAAACUUGUCAGCCCCACAGGAGCAGCCUCCAACCUCGGAGCUUUUAACUUUUCACUUAACUGCUGGCUUCACAUCCUCUCCAAGGAGUCCUCUCUAGAUCUGCAUGGAGACAGCGCAAACCUGGCAGUGCGAGUUCUCAUCGCGCUGGUCUACCUGGUGGUUUGCGUUCUGGGGCUUGUGGGUAACUUCCUGGCACUCUUCCUGCUCCACUCCCGCCGCCGGGGCCACCACCACUCUUCUGUCGACUGCUUUGUGAUGAGCCUUGCACUGACAGACCUCCAGUUUGUCCUGACCUUGCCCUUCUGGGCCGUGGACACGGUGAUGGACUUCCGCUGGCCCUUUGGCCGGGUCAUGUGCAAGAUCGUGAGCUCGGUCACCACCCUGAACAUGUAUGCCAGCGUCUUCUUCCUCACCGCCAUGAGCGUGACCCGGUACCGCUCCUUGGUUACCUCUCUGAAGAUGGAGAGCCCUCGGAUCGCCACUGCUCGUGCAAAAUGGGCCAGUUUAGCCAUUUGGGUGGUGUCACUGGUGGCUACGCUGCCCCAUGCUUUCUACUCCACCACAGUGCAGGUGUCUACAGACGAUGAGCUGUGCUUAGUGCGGUUCUCUGACUCCGAUUCCGACCACUGGGAUCCUCAAGUCCUGCUUGGACUCUAUCAAACACAGAAAGUCCUCCUGGGAUUUGUAGUUCCCCUGAUUGUGAUCUCUGUGUGCUACCUCCUCCUCCUGAGGUUCAUUCUGAGCCGGCGCAUCGUGGGCAGCAUGAUCAGCAGCAGUGUCACAGAGAGGUCAGAGUCUGAGAGAGGACGCCACCGCCGCCGCUCCAAAGUCACCCGCUCCGUCACCAUCGUGGUUCUGUCGUUCUUCAUCUGCUGGCUGCCCAACCAGGCUCUGACCCUCUGGGGAGUGCUGAUCAAAUUUGACUUGGUACCCUUCAGUAAAGCCUUCUACAACACUCAGGCCUAUGCCUUCCCCCUGACUGUGUGUUUAGCUCAUGCAAACAGCUGUCUCAACCCGGUGCUCUACUGCCUGAUCCGAAAAGAGUACAGAGCUGGACUGAAGGCGCUUCUCCUGAGAGUGUCUCACUCAGUCCAAAAUGUUCUCACUCUGGCUCUGCGAGGAAGGAGAGUGCAGGAAGCACCAGCCAGCCUGGUCAUGAUAAACAAAGACAUCAAUAUGUGAUUUAAAGGAAAAGUAAAAAGGAAAAGUUUGACAUUUUGGGAAAUACAGUUAUUGAGUUUCUUGCUGAGAGUAAAUGAGAAGAUUGAUACACUCUCCUGUUUGUACGUAUGAAGCUACAGCCAGUAACAGGAUAGCUUAGCUUAGCACAAUGACUGAAAACAGGGGGAAACAGCUAGUCUGGCUCCAGCUAAAAGGUAAAUAGAUCGGCCUACUGGCACUAAUAAACACAUUGUAUCUCAUUUGUUCAAUCUGUACAAAGAAGUGAGAAAAUGAUAAAUUGCCAUUUUUUGGCGGGGGAUAUUUCUUGGCUCUGAGUAACUUCCUAAAGUCUCAGCUAUUUGCCGGGUAAUGGGUUGGCUUUUGUACAGAUUUAACAAGAUACAUGGUUUCAUUGAUGAGCUUUAGAGGUGCAGGUAGGCAGAUUUUGUUUCCUUGAGACGGGGGUACAGCCCAUUAAUCUGAAACCCCAAUAGUCUGAAAAAUGUCCCAUUGGACUGAAACCCCAUUUGUCUGAUGGUCCGAAAAGAAGUCCACUGCUCUGAAGGCCUGUUAUUCUGAAAAUACACUCGCUGGAGUUUUUUGCCCUUUAUGUCUUCUUCUAUUUGGACAUGCAGGAAAGGACAAAGUCAGUCUGUGUGUGUCAGUGACCUUCAUCAGGUUACCUUUGUCGUCAUGGUCAGAACAAUAAACACAACGGUCACAGUUUGGUUUUAGGCACAGAAACUAUCCAUUUAGGUUCAAGAUCAUGGUUUGGGUUAAACUAAGUGUGUUAGUUACGUUAAGUUAAGUUACAUACAUAAGUUAGUGAUACCACAUACAGUGAGUGUGUAUUUUCAUAACAAAGGGUCUUCUGAGCAAUAGCCAUUUGUUUUCAAAACAACGGGCGGUCAGAACAAAGGUAUGGUACCUCAAAGCUAGCCGUUAGCUAGCCAACUGCUGGCUGUAGAUUCAUAUUUAGCAGACAGAAAUGAGAGUGGAAUCAAUCAUCUCACCUCUUAGCAUUAAAGAGCAUCAGCAUAUUUACCGAAAUGUCCUUUAAUACUAAAGGAAAUGCUCCUUUAUGAGUUCACUUCGUGGGCCAUCUAUUGCAGACAAACCUGAACAGCUAUCUUUUAUCUUUAUUAUGCCCUUUUGUGAAAAACCAUCUUGCCAAGAUAUGCUCUUUUGGAAAUUAUUUCAGAGGUGAAUUCCAAGUACAUUGUUGAAAAUGAUCAAACCCUCGAAUGAGCCGGGUCUGAGUUACAAUGUGGGCUGAUUAUUUAUUUUUUGCACAAUCAAGCAAAAAUACAGUGCGAUGUUUGAAUAGUUCAACAUGUAAAGUGAUUUUUGUACUGUGAACCUCAGACACCCACACAGGCAAUCAAGGGGACUAUAAGCUUGUUCAAUUUCCAUUAGGUUGGAUGUAUUUAAUAUUUAUUUGUAUAUUUGUUGCUAACUCAGUCAGGAGACUAGAACCUCCCUCACAUUACUCUUCACAUGCACUAAAACUUAACUCCAGCAUAUGUCAUUCAGAGUAGGCAGUGUUUGACCAUAGCAUGAAUCUAUCGCUCAUUUUCAUGUCUCUCGGUGUCUGCCUUGCUGUACCGCUGUGAACUGUUUUGUGAUUACACGUAUGUAAUGUGACAUUAAAUAAAAAACGAGAGGACAAAAGA